CCUGUGGUGAUGGCAGCCAUACGAAAGAAACUGGUUAUAGUUGGUGAUGGUGCCUGUGGAAAGACGUGUCUACUAAUCGUCUUCAGUAAAGAUCAAUUCCCUGAGGUCUACGUUCCAACAGUUUUCGAAAAUUAUGUAGCUGAUAUUGAAGUGGAUGGAAAACAGGUUGAGUUGGCUCUUUGGGACACAGCAGGGCAAGAAGAUUAUGAUCGACUUAGGCCUCUCUCCUACCCUGAUACAGAUGUCAUUCUAAUGUGUUUUUCUAUUGAUAGUCCUGACAGUUUAGAAAAUAUCCCAGAGAAGUGGACUCCAGAGGUGAAACACUUUUGCCCUAACGUGCCUAUCAUACUCGUUGGAAACAAAAAGGACCUGAGAAAUGAUGAGCACACACGAAGGGAACUGGCAAAAAUGAAGCAGGAGCCUGUGAGACAUGAAGAAGGCAGAGAGAUGGUCGGCAGGAUUAGUGCAUAUGGCUACAUGGAAUGCUCGGCAAAAACUAAAGAUGGCGUGAGAGAAGUUUUCGAAAUGGCUACAAAGGCUGCCUUGCAAGCAAAGAAGUGCAGGAAAAAGCAUUUUUGUCUUAUGCUAUAAUGCAAGCCAAGUGCACCCUACCACACACUUCUUGUCAGUCCCUUGAUUUAAAAAAAUCUUGAAUUGAUGUUUAUUAAACUUAGUAUGAAUAGUGUCUUGAUUAUACUGGCCUUUCAUUUAUCUGUAAUACUGUUCAAGCGAUCCAGCUUGCAGCCAGUAUUUAAAAGCCAACCAAGGUUUUUCUAGUUCAGUGCUAUACAGAUGUCUUGGCUAUGGUUGAUUUCAGUAUGCACAUGUACAUCUAAAUUUACAUUUCUGCAACAUUUUUGAUCUGUAUACUUCACAUCAACAGAUGCAGCCUUACUGGCAGAGAGAAAGCACCAAACCUCUCGUCAGCAUGUAUUCCUUGACAUAAAACCAAACUAAAGUCAAUUUGCCACCAUUGUUUGUAGAUGUAGCUUAAUUCAACUUUUGUACAAUUGGAUUUGGAUUUCUUAACGCUAAUACUGUAGUCUCAACGAAAAUUUUUAAGUGUAUUGGAAAAUAAAUGAGUUGAAUUCAUUUGUAUAAAAGCUUGGUAACUUUCUCAAAUGGAUAACUGUUAAUGUAAACCAAAUCAAGCUCUAACAUACUUAUGUAUAACGUUAAGAGAUUUAAUUCGGGAGGGAGGGAGGAUUUGGGGGGCGGGGGGGGAGAAGGGGGCAGGAGUUCGGUCUUGAUUCCAGGACAUGGUUUAUAUAAAAAAAGGCCUUGCUAAUUGAACCUAAGUGGCUGCUCAGCUUGCUAUAGGAAAGCUGGGCAUCUGCUUAAUAGACAAAUUAGCAUGGUCACAGCACCAUGCAUUCAAUGCCUUCUAUUUAUCAUAUGUCAGUAUAUGUAAUGCCUGCCUUUGUUUUUGUUUAUAACAUUGGAGAUAUAUUUGUGGAGGUUCUGAAUGUCCCUCACUCGCAGCCUACUAAGUGUGUUUUUAUUUUUUUUUGGCUGUAUCAGUAAAUUGUUACCAGCAAUACUAAUAGCAGAAUAAAAGCCAGUUUUUUAA